UCUCUCUCUCUCUGGGCAUCGUUUCCUAGAGAAUCGCCCCAGAGCAACGACGUCGUCCGCGACGUCACCAAAAUACAACACAACGUAGAAUCAGAAGGUGGUCCCAAACAGGAACAGGUAUGGAUGAGGAUGACAACCUGUCAAAUGCCGAUAUCAGCAUCGAUGAGGAGGAUGACGAUGGGGACAGGGCCCGGGCCAUGGUCCAGCCCAUGGUAGACGAUGAUGAUGAUGACGACGACUCCGAUGUGGACUUGUCAUCGGUUUAUGUGCAGCCGGCUGGCCAUGUAUCCAUAGGUUUGGAUAAUAGUGCAACCGGUGCCGGUGAAGCCGCAUCUGCCCGCACGAUUGGGGAAGGGAGUGGCCCUGCCCCUGCCAGUGUCGCAGGAGCCAGAGCUGGGAAUUCCCGUUCGCCGUUGCAUGACAAGUACUCGAGUGCCACAGCGGCGGCUUCUGCGGCAGGCAGCAGUGGACGCUAUGGAGCCGGGAGUUCGUCUGCUGCUGGAGCAGAAGCAGGAGCAUCAGCAGCAGGAGGAACAGGAGCAGCCGGUGAGGAUGCUGGUGCCAAACCGAGCUUUUUCUUUGGCACCUCCUCGUUCAGCCUACGCAGCCGCAAGGAGGUGGCCGCCCUCAUCAAUACAGAGUGCUGCCGCGGCAGUCCCACACCCGAUCUGGACUCUAUUAUGGAUACGCUCUUCAAUCCCGGCACGCCCAUCGAUAAUCCAGACAACAUCGAGUGGAUACGCUGGCUAAUCGCUGGUGGCCGUACACCGCAGGAGUUUGUCAAGAUUGUGCGCAGCUAUGACAACCAUGCCAAGUGCGGCCUUGUGUGGGUGCCCCAUGUUGUGGCGUAUCGUUGCCGUACCUGCGGCAUCUCGCCCUGCAUGUCCAUCUGCCGGGACUGCUUCAAGAAGGGCAACCACACCAACCAUGACUUUAACAUGUUCUUGUCGCAGGCUGGCGGUGCCUGCGACUGCGGCGACACGUCCGUGAUGAAGGCCGAAGGAUUCUGCAGCGACCAUGGCAUCAAUAAUCGCGUCAAUCGUGAUCCCGUGCCCAACAAUCUGCUGGCCGUGGCGGAGGCCAUUAUGCCAAAGCUGUUGUUCCGCCUGUUGCAGCAUUUUCGGGAGCACAGUGACACCUCGCUGCAGUUGCACGCAAUGACCUCGGACUCGUGCGAGGAGUUCGCCAAUAUGCUGAUCGAUCUGAACAACAUGGGAGAGAUUAUGCGCAAGGUGAUGACGCGCACCCUGAUCAAUCACGAGGUGUACGCCUACUUCAUGGAGACACCCUGCCAGGACACACGCAACGGACGCUUCCUCAAGGCGAAUCGCGAAAAGUACGAGGAUGCAGUCAAUAGGUUUCCAAAUCCAGAGCCACCCGACGAGUACCGUGACCUGCCGGCGCUCUGCGAAAAGCUGGUCCACACUACACUGCUCGAGGAGUUCAUAUUCUGGACAUUCAAGUUCGAGUUCCCCCAAACGCUCGUCUGCUUUCUGCUCAACAUGCUGCCCGAUCAGGACUACAAAGAGCACUUGACCCGCACCUUUGUCAUGCACUACAGCCGCAUUCCGUCCGUGCUGGAGAUGUCACGCGAUCCGGAUACGCUGAGCAACCGUGUGGUACACAUGAGCGUUCAGCUCUUCUCCAACGAGAGCCUUGCCCUCAAGAUGGUCAACGAAUUGUCGCUGCUGCAUGUCAUGAUCAUAAGCCUGAAGCUAAUGAUGUCCAAGAUUCUCAUCCAGAAUACGCUGCAAGAUCCCGCCAAGAACUUUCAUUUUGUCAUCGAUUGUACGCGCCAGGUGAUGAAGGAUCAUUGCUACUGGCCGCUUGUCUCGGACUUUAAUAAUGUGCUAUCGCACGAGUCGGUGGCUUUGGUCUUUCUGCGGGACGACAACCUCAUCGACAUGUGGUUUCAGUUCCUACAAAUGCUACAGGGCAUGAAUGUGAAUGUACGGGAGACGGCCUCACAUGUCGAAUUCGAACCGAAUAGCUACUAUGCGGCCUUCUCCUGCGAACUGGAGGCCAGCGCCUAUCCCAUGUGGUCAAUCAUUUCACAUCUGCAGGACGGCACCCAUGCCCAUCUGGCCAAGAAGAUAAUCAACUAUUGUGUAACGACGCUGCACGAGUGGCUCGAUUCGAUCUACUUUAUGGAGGCCAGACUCUCAAUGGAGGAAAUGAUGCAGGCCUCAUUCCAUUUUCCGCUGCAUCGAUAUCUGGCCGCCUUUGUCUGUCAGGCGGUCACCAAAAUGGGCAUUCCUCUGAGUGAAGUGCUGCCCUCGCGACCGUACCUCUUGCCGCUAUUGAUGAUCCAUCCGCUGCGUGUUCAGAGCUUCUUCUAUGAAAUUUUGGCUGGCAAAUGGGUGCGAAAUGGACUUCAGAUCAAGGGCCAGGCCAUGACCUACAUACAGGCCAACUUCUGCAACUCGAUGGCGGACAUGGAUCUGUUCUUUCUGCAGAUCUGCGCCACCAAUCUGCCGCAGUACUUUUUCCUGCAGAACACCAUCGAGCUGUUCGAUGUGGACCAGUGGCUGGAGACGGCGCCGCUGAAGCAGCCCCAAAAGGCGGAGCAAUCCUCGAUGCUGGAGGGCUUCCUCACAUUCCUCGCCACCCUGGUCACAAGUCGCACGAAUCUGGGCAACGAUGAGGCAACCCAAUGCAUCAUCGAGAUCAGCGCCCUGCUGGCCACCGAGAACAAGACACACUCGCAGCUGCUCGAGCUGAUGCCGGAACGAUCGGGCAAUGUCCACACCAAAAACUUUGAGACGUUCCUCAAGAAGCUGUCGGUGUACAAGGCGCCGUCCAGUGGAUCCGAGAAUCUCGAGCAGGGCCUUUUCACGCCCAUCGACGAGGUGUGGGAGAAGUACUAUGAUCCGCUGCACGUCCUCCUGCGUGCGGUGCAUCGUCGCGACUUUCAGUCCUCGCUGGAUCGCUUCACCAACUACGUGAAGGCAAAGGAGAAGAUGCCAGCCAGUGGCAAUCUGUGGCCGCCAUUCCGUCUGCCGCAGGCACUGCCCACGACCAGCUCCUUCACCGAUCCCUGCCGCAUACUGAACUCACGGGUCUUCCACUCCACCAUCCUCUCGAUCUUCUUCCGGGCCGUGCACACGCGCGAUGUCUCCGAGCAUCUGCUGGCCCUCGCCGUCUUUCUCCUCGAAAUGGCCGUCGAGACGAGCAGCGAUGUAGGCGACAGCCCGCCGGCGGCAGCGGCCGCCAUGGUGGAGUGCAGCGGGGGUGGCGGUGGCGCUGGGGGAUACCAUCAUGGAUACAACCAAGGCAGGCAGGAGCCGCCGCGACUCUUCCAGUGCUAUCCCACGGACAAUCUCAGCUGCAACCUGCGGCACGUGGUCAACAAGUUGUCGCUGAAGUCACGCGAUCCGCAGGUGAUUGGCUCCAGCUAUCGCUCGAAUCCGUUCUACUCCGAUCUCGAGUUCGAUGUGGAUCCGGACGCAGAGAUGGGCAUGCGGAUGAUCGGCCAGCUGGAGUCGGAUGGCGAUGAGGCGGCUGGCGGUGGUCUACCAGGAGCAGGCGCUGGAUCGGGUGCGGCGCCGGGACCGGGUGCCAUGACUGUGGCACGCAGAAGCAUGUCGCAGGCUCUGGUGCCCAUGCGCAUGCCCGGCAUGGAGGUGGCCCUGCCACCGGAUCUGUCCGUUGUGCCAGAGACUGGCGUCAUCAUCCGGCAGGACAGCAACGAGGAUGACCUGCUGCGUGACAGGGAUACGGCCAUGGAUCUGGGGCCCGCUGCCCUUGACUUUCACUUCCCCAUGCAACAGAUAACGCUGCCAGAGAGCGGCAUGGAGGUGGCAAUACGGCGCGAUCUGCUGCUGGCCGAGAGCAAUCAUGUGGCUGGUGGUGCAGCAGCGGGCGUUGGCACUGGACCCCCAGCGCUGGCUGCGCCCAGCGAAAUGUUCUCCCCGACAACGCCCACCGGCAGCGGUAUGCUGCUUCCGUUCCAGCGUGUCCAGCCGGUGGCUGUGCCGAGCAGCGGCAACAUGGACAUUGUGCCCUCGAAUGCACUCGGCAUGGGCAGCUUUACGGGCAGUGGGCGGCGCAUGAACUACGACGCCACAGGGACGCGCAAGCGAUCCGUGGACAUAGCCAUUGGUGGCAGCAACAAGGAUGACCUCCACAUGGACGAGAGCAUCCUGUCGCUGCUGCUGAAGCUGCACUCUCAGCUGAGCGGCACACUGGACAGCUUUUCGCUAAGCGAUGGCGAGGAGUGCACAGAGCUGGGAUCCUCCACAGAGAUGGAUCAGUCCAUGGAUGUGGACUGCAAUGAGGCAAGCACAUCGACGGCAGCAGCAGCGGCCGAGAGCACAGCCCAGGCCGAACGACACGGACGUGGGACGCGACGCAACUACACAAACAUUCAUGUGUCCGCUUCGAGGAUCGGCGACGGGCCCUUCUUUAUUGGGAAUUUGCUGCGCAAGAUUGCCAAAAAGGAUGAACUGUGCGCGGUGAGCAUCGAUGAGAUACGCGCGCGCCUUUGGCCCAAUCAGCGCGAGAAGCAGGCGGAGGCGAGGGCGCGCGAGAGCAAGGAGAAGGAGGAGCGCCGCAAGAAGGCGCGCGAGCGUCAGCAAAAGAUGAUGCAAGACUUUGCGAACAAGCAGAAACAAUUCAUGCAAUCGGCUGCAGCGGCGGCCAACAACAUGGACAACGGCCUGGAGGAUGACGACGAUGAGGAUCUGUACGAGGAGCAGCCGCGGGAGAAGGAGUACGAUUGCAUCAUUUGCAAUUGCACCACGGCCAGCACUGAAACGAAUCCCAUCGGGCUGGUCGUACUGGUUGAGUCGAGUGGCAUUGUGGGCCAUCGUCGGCGCAUUGCGGAGCGUCUGCCGCUGCCGCUGGACGCUGGUGAAGAGCAACGGCUGGCCCGCAGUACACGGCUGGCCUCGGAGUUCAGCCGCCGCACAGAGCUGCUCAGCUUGAAGUUCGGCGACGAGUCCUGGUAUCUGUCCAACAACAUGGCCUACGACAAUGGCGUCCAUGUGCAGUCGUGCGGCCAUCAUGUGCAUCUCAGUUGCCUGGAGGCGUACCUCAAGACGCUGUACACGACACAGCGGCAGCCGGUGCAGGAUCGUGGCGAAUUCUACUGCCCGGUGUGUCGGCAGCUGUCCAACUCGGUGCUGCCGCUCAGUCCGCAGCUGGACAGGCCCACGCAUUUGGUCAGAUCGGGCAAUCAGCCGUUCGAGCAGCUGGUCGCCGAUCUCUCGGAUCUGAUCAAGGAGAAUGAAACGAUGCCGCCAUCUACAAAACUGACCGAGGCCAUGGGCCAUGCCAUGGAGGUGAUGACGAAUAUUUCACAGCGCAAAGUGAAAUGCGCCUCCAUCACGUUCCGCAAGCUGUUCAUCUUUGUGACAUCGAUAGCGCGCACAAAUCUGGAGGCGGAGAUCAUACAGCGCGGCGGCUCGCUCUGCACAUCGAAUGCGACGCGCUACAAGCCGAAGCGAGACUGCAUUGUGCCACUGUUGCAUGUGUUGUCGGUGCAUGUGCGUGUCCUGGUCGAGUGGCCGCUCUGGAGCAGCUGGGCCUCGCUGGCGGGUCUGCCCGUUAGCGAUGCGGAACCACUGCCGGCCCACUGCCAGGAGCUGAUACCCAGCCUGCUGGCAGAUCCCAUUGCGCUGCUAUUAAAGUUUAUACUCCUGGCACCGCUGCACUUGGAUCAGGAUUACUUUACGUGCAUGGUGAAGGUGAUGUACAAUUUGUUGUAUUACCAAAUUGUUCUACAACUGUGCGUCACGCUGACGGAUCUCGAGUGUGAUUACAUUCUGGCAUUAUAUGGCAGGAGCAGCAGCAGCAGCAGCCAGUCCUCAACGGAGGCAACAGCGGAAGCUGCUGUCAUUGUUAGCUCCACCGUUGGUCCAGCGCCCGUGCCCAACACAUCGUUUAGUCGUCGCAGCAGCUCGAGCCGUUUCAGUGGCCAUCAGCAGCAGAGUGCCGCCCAGCUGGGACGUGCCAUGGCCUUGGUGUUGGCCGAGACCGAUUGCCUGAUCAAUUUGAGACGCGACAGCAUAGCCAGCACCUCAGCGGCAGCGAGCAGCAGCAGUGCACACGCCAAUAACAGCAGCACCAGCAGCAGCAGUAGCAGCAGCAGCAGCAGCGGUGCAGCAACAAUGUCCGAUGUCAACUUGAAAUCAAUGGAGCUGCAGCUGCAGUCGCUGUGCCUGCCAUUCCUGCGUGUUGCGGCGCUGCUGCGUCAGCAUUUGUAUCGCCACGAGAUGCCAGAGAUAUCAGCGCCGGGCUUGGAAUUUGUGCGAUUGAUCUACUAUCUGGAACUGGUCACCGAUUCCAUGGAUUGGGACUGCUUCAAUGCCAGCAAGGGUCUGUGCUUUAUACCCGGCACCGAGCACUCACUGCCGCAGUUCUGGUGCAAGCAGCUGCGAGAAGUGCGACCACCGUCGGACACCAUCCGUGAGCUGGUGCUGAUCAAUCAGCAUUCGCUGUGGCAGCAGCCGCGAUUGCUAGAGCUGCCACGCGAAUACGAGCGUUUGUUCACGUACUACCAUGAGCGACCCUGCCUCAAUUGCUACAAAGUUCCAAAGGAAAGUUCCAUUUGCCUGCUGUGCGGGACGAUUGUGUGCCUUAAGCAAAACUGUUGUGCGGAAAAUGAUUGCUGUGAGGCAGUUAGGCACACACUAUCCUGUGGCGGCGGCAUUGGCAUCUUUCUGGUGGUCACCUCCACGUACAUCAUUGUCAUACGUGGUCGCCGCGCUUGCCUCUGGGGAUCACUCUACUUGGAUGACUUUGAUGAGGAGGAUCGCGAUCUCAAGCGCGGCAAACCGUUGUAUCUGAGCCAGGAUCGUUUCAAUUUGCUCGAGUCGCAGUGGCUCUCGCAUAAGUUUGCUCAUACAAAACACACCUGGGUGUUUCAUCGCGAUCUCUUGUGAAAUAUGGAAGAUUUACUGCGCAGCAUACAGGAGCUGGUUGGCCAGAUUUAGCCUACAGGAUGCCGAGCGGUUCCAGGGUGAAGCCAAAGCCUGUUUUUGCUGUCAGCUCCCACGCCUAGUCGUCCAUCACCAGUCAAACCCAAAAAACCAAUCUGACCCACCCCAGGCUACCCCCCCAGCGUACGUUUAAGAUAGUUUUCAAAUUGUGAAGGGAGGAGUGUGUGCACACCAGACAGCAGCAGGCAGACUAAAUUCUUAAUAUAAAUCUAUAUAAAUAUUGGACAUAGAAAUUAUAGGCUGACCGAGCAGCACAUGACAUUAAUUGGUCGUUGUUUCGUUCUGGCACAGCACAUAGAGAGCCCUCCCCUCCCCCCGCGCAGCACAGGCAGCAAAUCAAUGAUAUUAUCUAUAUAUAAAUAUGAUAUAUAUAUAUGCAAUUAAUUAGUAAUCAAUGCAAAUGACAUAUGUUGUAAAAUGUAAUUGUUUAAUGGAUAAGCACACACGCAAGCAAGCACCGCAACGCAGCUACAUAUAUGUAUAUGUAUAUGUAUAUGUAUAUGUAUGUAUGUAUGUAUGUGAAUCUCUAAAGCAAAAAUCGAAGAAAAUAUUUAAAUAUAUAUUCGAAUGAAAUAUAUGCCCCAUAAAUCUAUACAUACAUAUAUGUUUCGUGUUCUAACUAUGGCAAGCCUUAAGUCUUAAGUCUCUUAACGCGAUAUCUUAAAUAUUUAAAAACACACACAAAAGAAAAUGUAAUGCAAAUAAAUUGUCUACUUUGGCCUCAUGAGUUUGUGCAUGUAAAAAACGAAAACGAAUAUGAUAACUAAAAUUGAUCAAUGAGAGAUAGUUAAUAAAUAAAUAAAUCUUUAUAAAUGAUGUACAUGUAUGUGUGUGCAAACCAUGCGUAACAAAUUGAAGGUAAACGAAACGUAAUGAAAAAGCGAAUUGUGAAAUGCAUAGAAAAUAGAGCUGAGUGCAUAUAUAUAAUAAUUAUAAUAAGCAAGAAAAUGUAGCAAGAGUGCAGAGUGUAGAGAGAGUGUGUGCAAUGGUUGGACAAUGAAGAGAGAGCAAGAGCUGGGCGAUGGAGCUGUUACGGUAUAUUUGUUAUUAGUUUUUACACAGAUUGUGCGUUAAGUGUGCAGCUGCAAUUUUGCAUAAUUGAUGUUUGUUUAAUAGUAAUUAUAAAGCGCUGCUGCUAUAUCUACACACAACAAAUUGUACUAUAAAGUCUAUAGCUAUUAUUAUUGUAAAGCGAGUGGAGAAUUCAUUUAAUUUUUGUUCAGCAGCAGCUGCUUGCUGCUAUUUCCUAUUUCCAUCAACUUUUGCAUCGGCAACAAAAGCAAUUAACACUUUUGCUGGUGUAAUCGUAUUCUGAUUAUAUUUAUGUAUGUAUUUA